AUGGCUAAUUAUAAGUUGUCAAUGGUUUUUAUUUUUCUUGGUUUAUUAUCAAUUGUUUGUACCACAAGAGCUAGAGAAGUGCCAAGUGAAAAAGGACUUGUUGAUCAAAAGAAUUUUGUGGGGUUUGGUGGUGUUGGAGGAUAUAGUGGUGUUGGGGGUGGGGUAGGUGGUGUUGGUGGACUUGGUGGGGUAGGAGGUCUUGGUGGGGUAGGGGGUGGUGGUGGACUUGGUGGAUUAGGUGGUUUGGGGGGUGGGGGUGGUGGACUUGGUGGAUUAGGUGGUUUGGGGGGUGGUGAUGGUGGACUUGGUGGAUUAGGUGGGUUGGGUGGUGGUGGACUUGGGGGACUAGGUGGGUUGGGUGGUGGUGUUGGGGGACUAGGUGGGUUGGGUGGUGGUGGUGGUGGACUUGGUAGUGGAGGGGGUUUGGGUGGUGGUUGUGGACCUUGUAGUGGUGCAAGUCUUCCAAAGCCAUGA